AUGCCUCGAAUAGGUGGCGCUGCUUUCAAGGCUAGCGGUCCUUUUGUACAAGCCUAUGCAAGGUGGAUGAAGGACCAGUGGUCGGCGAAGCUCUGCCAGACUAAGAGAAAUAAAAGCUCAACGUCCGUUAGCAGCAAAUCGCUAGAGAAGGUUGAACACAUUCAGAUAAUACAGGCAGCCGAUUCGUGUAAUUUCAAAAAUGCCUCAAAGUAUUUUUUAUCCAGUUGA